UAAAAUUUUGCUAUAUAUAUACUUCCUUUUUUUAUAUUUAUAUAAAUAUUUUUAAAUAUUUACAAAUUCCCGCCGGAUAAUAAUCCAGCGUAGGUGGCAUUAGUACAUUCAAAUGGAUAGAGUGGCGCGAGAAACAUGUGUGGUCGAGCAGCUUGUUCUUUAAAUCCAGAUAGUUUAUGUCGCGCUUGUGAUUACAAGGAUGCAACUGGCAAACGACGCACAACAUCAUGGACCAAAACUGACAUCGAAUAUAUUCCAUCUACUAAUAUCGGACCUAAAGAUGCUCUUCCUUGCAUUAUUUCCGGCUUACACUUUGGCAAAGAGGACGAACAAGUUCUUUGUGCUAUGAUGUGGAGUAUGAUUCCCCCUUGGCACGAGGGAGAUUACAGAAAACAUAAUUUGUCAACACAUAACGCGCGUUUAGAAAAUAUUAAAAAUUCCAAAUUAUACGGAACACCACUUCGUAAAGGACAAAGAUGCAUUGUGCUUUGUGAAGGUUAUUACGAAUGGAAAGCUGGAAAAACCAAAAAAGAAUCUAAACAACCAUAUUAUAUUUAUGCUACUCAAGAGAAAGGAGUAAGAGCAGAUGAUUUUUCGACAUGGAAAGAUGAAUGGUCUGAAGAAACUGGUUGGAAAGGAUUUAAACUUUUAAAGAUGGCAGGAAUUUUUAAUACGUUUAAAACUGGAGAAGGAAAAAUAAUAUACAGUUGUACAAUAAUUACAACUGAAUCAAAUAGUAUACUUUCUUGGUUACAUAAUCGUGUACCCAUUUUUUUAAACAAAGAACAAGAUUCACAGAUUUGGUUGAAUGAAAAAUUAACAAUAGAUGAAGUUGUUGACAAAUUAAAUAAAUUAACAUUAUCAGAUGGUGAUUUAAAUUGGCAUACAGUCUCAACUCUUGUAAACAAUGUAUUAUGUAAAAAUGAAGAUUGCAGAAAAGAAAAAAAGCCCAUUGAAGAGAAAAAAAACAACUCUAGUAGUUUUAUGGCUUCUUGGUUGAAGAAAGGGUCUGCAGAAUCGGCUAAGAGAAAAAGUAUGGAAACUGAAAAAAAUGACAAUGUAAUGUCAAAAAUUGCAAAGGAAAAAUAAUUUUAUCCAUAAUUACAAAUAAGAUCACUUACAAAAGUAUAAACUUUACUUUUUUUUAAUUGUAAAUAUCAAUGUUAAAAUAUUUAUUUAAAUUAUAUAUUUUCUUUUUAUUUUUAUAUUUUGUAAAACAAUAAUUUUUCUUUGUAAUAGUAUUUG